AGGAUCUCUUAAGUGAAAAAAAACAGACUGAAGAACUUGAAAAAAAAUUAAAAUCUCUAACUUGCAAUAUAAAUUGUUUAAAAGAGGAUAGCGAACAAAGAGCAGCUUGCUUAAAAGAUGCAUUACAAACAGCUGAAGAACAACGAAAAAUUGCAAUGGAUUUAGUGAAGCAAUCAAAAAUUCAAAUAGAUACAAAUAAAGAAGAUAAAACUGAAUUAUUAAAUGAAAUCACAAAAUUACAACAACAGAUUGUUGAAAUUACACAUAAAAAUAAUGAUUUAUUGCAAGAACGGGAUAUUUUAAUGAACAAAUUGAAAUCUUUCUCAGAAGAUGAAUCUAAAAAGUGUGAGGAGGUUGAAAAAGAAGUGAACAAGAUGAAAUAUGCAGUUAAAGAAAAGGAAAAUGCUUUAAAUAAAGAGAGAGCAGAAUUCAUAAAUAUGAUUUUAGAACUCACAAAUAUAAUAAAUAUACAGAAAAGAAGAAUAUGUAAAGUAACUGGUAUAUGUAAUGAACAACAAAAUAACAUACAUGAGAAAGAUAAAAAAUUAUCUCAAAAAGAUAUUGAGUUAUCAGAGAUAAAAACAGUAUUGCAUUCAAAUAAUUCUACUUUUAAAGAAAUGGAAGACAAAAUAAAACAUUUGCAACAUUGUUUAUGUGAAGAAAGACAGACUUGUGAUUGUUUAAAACAGGAAUUAGAAACUAACAAAGAAAAUCAUUUGUCUGAAUUGAGAAUAAAAGAAAAAAUGAUAGAUGAUCAAAAUAAAACAAUAUCAAAACAGAAAAAGUUAUUACAUGAUAGUGAAGAGAUAGUUCAACAAGUUGCUUCUGAAUUUAAUGAACUUAAAGAUGAAUUACAUAAAGAAAAACAAAAGAAUGAAUCUUUGCAAAUAACAUUAGAUCAGAAUGAUAGUAAAUUAAGCAUUUUAUCACAAUGUGAACAAUGUAAAAAACUUACAGCAGAAAUAGAUUAUUUGAAAAAUGAAAAACAGAAAGCAAUUGCUAUUGCAAAAUGUGCUUAUCAAAAGUUACAUCAAAAUAUAAAAGAAUAUCAAAAAAAGCUUAUUUGUGAAAGAAAACAGCACAAAUAUAUGCAAUUGAUUAUUGAAAGAAAACAACAUGAAAUAGGAUGUUUAAGAAAUCAAAUGUGUCACAAUAAUAUGAAAAUUAUUUAAAAAUAAAUAGUUAAUGUAGUAUACACACAAUUAAAUUUAGUUGUAAUUAUGUUGAAAGUUUUUAAAAUAUUCAAUAUAAUUAUAUAUAAAUAAAUACUUGAUAGUAUUUAUGUAUUUCAUAAUAUAUAUAUUCUAUUUUUGACAACUUACAUAUAAAGGAUAAAUAUGGACUUACAUUGUAAAUAUGUACAAUAUACGAUGUUGAAUCAA